AUGGGUGUCGAAGCGCCUUCCCACUAUGGGGAGUCCAUCACCCCAGCUCAACAGCCGCACCUCGAUUCGUCCCUCCAAAAUAGUGCCGUUCAGAAACCCACACAAUCUGUAGGCAUCGAUACCCCAAUCCCUCGGAUAACCAUGCGAUCCUUGGUGAUGGCCCUCUUUGUCUCGAUGGGUGGUCUGCUGUUCGGAUAUGACACGGGUCAGAUUUCCGGCUUCCAGGAAAUGAGCAACUACCUGGAGCGGUAUGGUAAGCUCAACAAAGAUGGUUCCUACGAAUUCAGCAGUGUGCGAUCCGGUCUCAUUGUCGGCUUGUUGUCCAUCGGAACUUUGAUCGGUGCCUUAGCUGGAGCUCCCAUCGCUGAUAUGUUGGGCCGGAAGUGGUCCAUCACUCUCUGGUGUAUGAUCCUCAACGUCGGUUUAAUUGUUCAAAUUACCUCUCCUGACGGCCACUGGUACCAGAUGGUCAUUGGCCGUUGGGUCACGGGUCUUGGCGUUGGUGGUUGCUCGUUGCUCGUGCCCAUGUACCAAGGUGAAAGUGCCCCCCGUCACAUCCGUGGUGCCAUGAUCAGUUGCUACCAGUUGUUCGUCACCCUCGGUAUUUUCUUGGCCUACUGCAUCAACCUGGGUACUCACACCCUUGAUGGCACUGCUCAGUGGCGCAUCACUCUCGGUCUCACCUUCCUCUUUGCCCUGGUCCUCGGCGGCGGUAUGGCAUUCUUCCCGGAAAGCCCACGGUAUGAGUUCCGCCAUGGAAAGGCCGAGAGUGCCCAAAGCACCCUAGCUAAGCUCUAUGGCAUCCCAGAGAACCAUGUCCGCAUUAUAGAAGAGAUGAGGGAGAUUCGUGAGCAGUUCGAAGCCGAAUCUGAUGACCAGAAGUGGAAUGAAUUCCUCACUGCUCCUCGUAUGCUCUACCGCAUUGCACUUGGCAUGGUCCUGCAGUCACUGCAGCAGCUGAGCGGCGCUAACUACUUUUUCUACUAUGGUACCACUAUCUUUCAAGGCGCUGGUAUCUCGGAUAGCUUUGUGACCCAGUGCAUCCUCGGUGCUGUGAACUUCGGCACGACUUUUGGCGGCUUGUACGUUGUUGAGAACUUCGGUCGUCGCAAGUCCUUAAUGUUCGGAGCGGUCUGGAUGUUUGCCAUGUUCAUGAUCUUCGCGUCCAUUGGCCAUUUUGUUCUGGACGUGGAAACACCUUCCAACACUCCCAAUGCCGGCAAAGGUAUGAUUGUCGUCACCUGUCUGUUUAUUGCGGCAUUUGCUAUGACCUGGGGCCCGAUGAUCUGGACUAUUAUCGCCGAGCUUUUCCCCUCCAAGUACCGUGCCAAGGGUAUGGCCCUAGCUACCGCAACCAACUGGCUGUGGAACUUCCUCCUCAGCUUCUUCACAACCUUCAUCACCAAAGAUAUUGACUUUGCCUACGGAUACGUUUUCGCUGGUUGCCUUUUCGUGGCUGUUGGCGUUAUCUACUUCUUCGUCAUUGAAGGAAAGGGUCGCACGCUCGAGGAGAUUGACUGGAUGUAUGUCAACAAGGUUGUUCCUUGGAAGAGCAGCGACUACCAGAUUCCCGAACGCCACCAGGACUGGAUCGCGGAUGAGAACCCGUAUGGUCGCAAGUCACAGGGAACCCUUCACACGGAGAUCGCUUGA